CUCGUUAACACAACAUUCGCUAAGAAAUAUAUAUUCCCAAAAAUAUAUACCAAUAUAUAUAUAUAUUCCUACAAGUAACUUAUUGCGUUAAGCCAAGAUGCCGCGUCAUAAGAAAACCUUUAAGACCGAUGUGAUCGGCGAUCUGGACCUCAGUCCAGAGGCGGCCAUCGAUGACUAUCGCGUCUCGCGUCAGCAGGAUCAGUUUUUCGUGAAACCGCCCAACUGGGACUCCGCCGGAGAGUCUAUCGAGAUACUCUACAUCACCAAUCUGCGGGAGUAUGAAGCAAUGAAGCAGCUGCAGAGCCAGCUCCUGAGGGAUGCCAAGCGCCAGUCGGCGAUGAAUGUGCACCGUAUCCGCAAGAUGAUCAAAAUCCAGGAUCGCCUACGCAAACGCUUCGUCGAGGUCAAUGGAUUCAUCAAGGAUUGUGCGGACAAGAAGCACAGUGCCGAUAAGAGUAUUCGCGAGGAGACCGUCCAUCACGAGGAGCUAACCACCGAGAUCGAUGUGUUCAAGACCUCCAUUAGUGAGCUGAAUACCUUUCGGAACGACCUCAAGGCAACGGUGGCCAAAUUCCAGCCCUACGAGCAGGUUCUCGAGGAAGUGGUCCAGGUGUCCGAUAUAUUUGUUUCUACAAAGGACUGCAUCGAUCGUUGCGACGCCUUGAUGCUCGCUCAGGUGGAGAUUAAUGCACUGAAAGCCCAGAAGCUAAAUGAAAUCGAGGAGAUGCGGCAACGCAUGGUCCAAAUAACCAGCGAUGCUGCCCUCACCGUCCUGGGUCUCAAAAACGAUCUGGCCCGUCUGGAACGCUCCUAUGUCCACUCACGUGCCAUGUGCCUCAAGUGGGAGAAGUGCCUCAGUGCCUGCAAGGAUGCCCCGGCGAACUAUACCCUGGACAAGGAUCGAAUGAUCGACGGCAUCCUGAUUCUGUACCGCAUACUCUGCAAGCGGCGUGAUUUGGUUCCCUGUCUCCACAGCUACGAGGUGGACCGUAUCCUGAGCUUUGUGAUGCGUGAAAUUAAUCUGCUAUUUCAAGUCCUUCGGAAGCUUGAGGAAGGCAAGAGCGACAAACUUGAAACAAGUCAGAUGUGCUGAAUAUAAUUUCAAUAUUGUUUCACACUUGUUAUGUAAGCAUGAGUAAAAUGCUAAAGAUAUUCUUAGCUAA